UCGAGUAAAUCAGGAGGAGGAGAAAGAGAAUGGCUCACAGAAUAUUGCGAGAUCAUGGAGCCGAUGGAUGGGAACGCUCCGAUUUCCCAAUCAUCUGCGAAUCAUGCCUCGGUGACAAUCCUUACGUUCGAAUGACCCGAGCGAAUUAUAAUAAGGAAUGCAAGAUAUGUACACGCUCUUUCACGUUUUUUAGGUGGCAGCCUGGCCGUGAUGCUAGAUUCAAAAAGACUGAAAUCUGUCAGACUUGCUCCAAGCUGAAAAAUGUAUGCCAAGUCUGUCUUCUGGAUCUCGAUUAUGGUCUUCUUGUUCAGGUCAGAGACACCGCACUCAACAUAACUACUCAUGACUCUAUCCCUAGGAGCGAUGUCAACAGAAAGUACUUUGCUGAGCAUCAUGACCAAAAGACUAGAGCUGGGCUGGAUUAUGGAUCUUCAUUCGGGAAGAUGCCACCUAAUGAUAUUAUUUCAAAGCUCGAAAGAACAACACCAUACUAUAAAAGGAACCGACCACAUCUUUGUAGUUUCUACACCAUUGGUGAGUGUAACAGAGGUGCCGGAUGUGCAUACCGGCAUGAGAUGCCCGAAACAGGAGAGCUAUCCCAUCAAAACAUCAAAGAUCGUUAUUAUGGUAUUAACGAUCCAGUCGCAAUGAAGUUACUUGGAAAAGCUGGUGAUAUGGGCCCUUUCCCACCACCAGAGGAUGAAAGCAUCAGAACGCUUUACGUCGGUGGACUUAACUCGAUAACCCUCGAGCAGGACAUCCGAGACCGAUUCUACGCUUACGGAGAAAUGGAAUCUGUCAGAAUCUUGCCCAAGAAAGCCUGUGCGUUUGUCAUAUACACAACCCGAGAAGGAGCAGAGAAGGCCAUGCAAGGGCUCUCCAACAAGCUAGUCGUCAACGGUCAGAGGCUAAAACUCACAUGGGCAAGACCACCUCAGGUCCCUAAGCCUGAUCAAGGUGGUUCCAACCAACAGCAACAGGGCAGUGUGGCUCAUUGUGGUUUACUACCUCGAGCAGUUAUAUCUCAACAGACCCCACCGAUGCAGCAGUUCUAUAUGCACGCACCAGGACCUUUUUACCCAUCCAUGGACCCGCAGAGAAUGGGUGGCCACAUUUCUACCCAAGAGGGAGGUGGUUCAACUUCAAGCACCAGUGAGAACAACGGAGCUUCUUCUUCUUCUUCUUCUUCUUCUUCUCACCUGAUGCCUCCACACCAGCCAUACCGGCAACCCCCAUAUGAAUAUAAGUCGUUGCCUUACCAGCUCCAGUAUCCUCCUAACCAUCAUCAUCCAGGUCCUGUGCACCAAUAUGCCAACUAAGAAAGAACAUUACUUUAUAAAGUUCAUAUAAAACAUGUAAGUUCAAUUAGCCAAACUUAUUAUAGAAUUCCUCCCCUUCAUCUCAACCAUGAUUUCCUUCCCAUACACUCAUGUUAAUUUUUUUAAUUUUUUUUUUUUGCUCAACAUCAACU